UGCUGUGACCUCCGACCUUCAGCAUGAGGGGUAUAUAUAUCGCGUGGAGAUGAAGCGAAGGCCCCUGGCAGCAAAGAUGAAGGUUCUGCUCAGCGUGUGCUUCCUGCUGUCUUUGGUGGCCUCAUUCUCAGCAGAGCUGCUGUCGGACUCAACCUCCCCGGACGAUGAGCUAUUAGUGCAGCUCCAGCUCCAGCAGCCAGAGGAGGACUUGUUCUCUUGUGGCUGUGACUCAGCAGAGGAGCACACCAGCCAGAGCUCCUCUAAUGACACCCCAGCACCGGAGAGAGCCUUGUGCCAGCCCUGCAACCCCCCUCCAGCUCUACAGCCGGAGGAAGACACACCUGAGGAGGAGGCCGUGACGAGUGAUGCGGAGGAGCCAGAGGUUGUUCAUGAGGAGGGUGGAGAAGAUGCUGACGACGGGCCUGCAAGCACAGUUGGUGAGGCAGAAGAUGAGGAUGAGCUGGAGUCUGCAGAAGAGCAGGAGGAUGCUGCACCCAAAACGGAAGAAGAACCGGAAGAGCUGCCUGACACUGAUGCAGCUGAAUCCGAAGAUGAAGUCGACUCAAUCCUAGAGGAAGGUGAAUUGGAGGAAAUCGACGCUGUGGAGUCAACAAUUGAACCCGAAGACAAAGCUGCUUCAGAACCAGAGGAGGACGAGUCUGAAGGUGAGUCGGAACCUAUAAUGAAUCUUCGAGUGAAUCCAGAAAUUGUAGAAGAAAGACCAGAGUUUGAAGAAGAUCUAAGUUUAGAACCAGAGGUGGAAAACGACAUAGAAGAAGCUGAAGAAGAAGAGGCCACAGUGGAUGAAAGGAAAGCAGAGGAAGCCACAGUGGAAGAAGCUGAAGAAGAAGAGGCCACAGUGGAUGAAAGGAAAGCAGAGGAAGCCACAGUGGAAGAAGAAGAAGAAGCCACCUUAGAUGAAGCUGAAAUACAACAAGCUACUGUGGAAGAAACAGAAGAGGAAGCCACCUCAGAUGAAGCUAAAAUAGAAGAACCCACUGUGGAAGAAACAGUAGGAGAAGCCGCCUUAGAUGGAGCUAAAAUAGAAGAAGCCACUGUGGAAGAAACAGAAGAGGAAGCCACCUUAGAUGAAGAUAAAAUAGAAGAAGCCACUGUGGAAGAAACAGUAGAAGAAGGCACCUUAGGUGGAGCAAACAUAGAAGAAGCCACUGUGGAAGAAACAGAAGAAGAAGCCACCUUAGAUGGAGCUAAAAUAAAAGAAGCCACUGUGGAAGAAACAGAAGAAGAAGCCACCUUAGAUGAAGAUAAAAUAGAAGAAGCCACUGUGGAAGAAACAGUAGAAGAAGCCACCUUAGAUGAAGCUAAAAUAGAAGAAGCCACUGUGCAGGAAACAGUAGAAGAAGCCACCUUAGAUGAAGCUAAAAUAGAAGAAGCCACUGUGGAAGAAACAGAAGAAGAAGCCGCCUCAGAUGGAGCUAAAAUAGAAGAAGCCACUGUGGAAGAAACAGUUGAAGAAGCCACCUUAGAUGAAGUUAAAAUAGAAGAAGCCACUGUGGAAGAAACAGUAGAAGAAGCCACCUUAGAUGAAGUUAAAAUAGAAGAAGCCACUGUAGAAGAAACAGUAGAAGAAGCAAAAAUAGAAGAACCCACUGUGGAAGAAACAGUUGAAGAAGCCACCUUAGAUGAAGUUAAAAUAGAAGAAGCCACUGUGGAAGAAACAGUAGAAGAAGCCGCCUCAGAUGGAGCUAAAAUAGAAGAAGCCACUGUGGAAGAAACAGUUGAAGAAGCCACCUUAGAUGAAGUUAAAAUAGAAGAAGCCACUGUGGAAGAAACAGUAGAAGAAGCCACCUUAGAUGAAGUUAAAAUAGAAGAAGCCACUGUGGAAGAAACAGUAGAAGAAGCCACCUUAGAUGAAGUUAAAAUAGAAGAAGCCACUGUGGAAGAAACAGUAGAAGAAGCCGCCUCAGAUGGAGCUAAAAUAGAAGAAGCCACUGUGGAAGAAACAGUUGAAGAAGCCACCUUAGAUGAAGCAAAAAUAGAAGAACCCACUGUGGAAGAAACAGUUGAAGAAGCCACCUUAGAUGAAGUUAAAAUAGAAGAAGCCACUGUGGAAGAAACAGUAGAAGAAGCCACCUUAGAUGAAGUUAAAAUAGAAGAAGCCACUGUGGAAGAAACAGUUGAAGAAGCCACCUUAGAUGAAGUUAAAAUAGAAGAAGCCACUGUGGAAGAAACAGUAGAAGAAGCCACCUUAGAUGAAGUUAAAAUAGAAGAAGCCACUGUGGAAGAAACAGAAGAAGAAGCCACAGUAGAUGAAGUGGAAGAAGCUCAAGUGGAGGACGUAACUUCUCAAUCUAAAAUCAAAGGAGGCGAGGAUGAAGCAUCGGGCCCCGCAGUGAGGGACCGCUCCCACAUCGACGAGACGCUGAGACUGGCCUCUGCUGAACCCUCCGCUGAGUACACAGCUGCCAUAAAGAAACUGCUGAGCAUCUACCACACCGCCAUCAAGCCAGUGGAGCAAGCCUUCAAGUACAAUGAGCUGAGGCAGCAUGAAGUCACAGAUGGAGAGAUCACCUCCAAGCCCAUGGUUCUGUUCCUGGGACCCUGGAGUGUGGGCAAGUCCUCCAUGAUCAACUACCUGCUGGGUCUCCACAGCACCUCACAGGAGCUCUACACAGGAGCUGAACCCACGACCUCUGAGUACACGGUUGUCAUGCACGGAGAGAAGACUCGCACUAUUGAGGGCAUAGUGAUGGCAGCUGACAGCUCUCGAUCCUUCUCCCCUCUGGAAAAGUUCGGCCAAGGUUUCCUGGAACGCCUGGUUGGUAUUGAAAUGCCUCACAAGCUGCUGGAGAGGGUGACGUUUGUGGACACGCCGGGAAUCAUCGAGAACCGCAAGCAGCAGGAGAGAGGCUACCCCUACAACGAGGUGUGCCAGUGGUUCAUCGACCGCGCCGACUUAAUCUUCUUGGUCUUUGACCCCACCAAGCUGGACGUUGGUGGAGAGCUGGAGAUGCUCUUCAAGCAGAUGAAGGGUCGCGAGUCGCAGAUCCGCCUCAUCCUCAACAAAGCAGACAGCCUCUCCACCCAAGACCUCAUGAGGGUCUAUGGAGCUUUAUUCUGGAGCAUGGCUCCCCUGGUCAAUGUGACUGAGCCACCCAGGGUAUACGUGAGCUCCUUCUGGCCUCAGGACUAUGCUGUGGACACAAGCCGCGAGCUCUUCAUGAAGGAGGAGAUCUCUCUGCUCGAGGACCUGAACCAGGUGAUUGAGAACCAGAUUGAAAACAAGAUUGCCUUCAUCCGCCAGCACGGCAUCCGAGUGCGUAUUCACGCGCUGCUGGUGGACCGCUACCUGCAGACCUACUACGACAGGCUGGGCUGGUUCAGUGACCCCCACGAGGUUUUCCAAGACAUCGUAACAGACCCAGACAAGUACUACAUCUUCAAGUCCAUCCUGGCCAAGACCAACGUCAGUAAGUUCGAUCUGCCCGACAAGGAGGCCUACCAGGACUUCUUCGGAGUCAAUCCGGUGUCCAGCUUCAAGCAGCUCUCCCAGCACUGCAGCUGGAGUGGCGGGUGUCUGCUGGACAAGUUAGAGAAGGCCAUUUCUCAGCAGCUUCCAGCUCUGCUCAGCAGUGUCAGCAAGGACACGUCUGCGCCAACGAAAUCUUCCGUCGCCCCGGCACCUCCGGCGGCUGGAGCCUGUGAGGGUCCCCAGUGUGAGGAGAAGCCCAAAAACCGCUGGAGGAGGCAAUGAGAGCGGUGACGGUGGAGGAUGAGACAGAUGGCAGCAGCCGGGGGGGGGCCUUUUAAAAACACCCCACUUCUCUAAGUCUCUGGGUUUGUGGAGCAAAACAAUGAGAGUGAGAAAGCUAGCAACAGGCUUGAUCACAUUUCAGAUCCAUUUGCGUCAGCAUUAAGUAGCAGAUGAAUGGAAUCAAGAUCUUUCUUAAAGUUGCAGUUAUUUACGUUUGACCUGAUCAACCUUUUCACUGACAGCUGUGUGCCGUGAUUUCUGCAACAGAACUUCCUGAAAUAUAGAUUUCUAGACAGAAAAAAAAAUGAAAUGUGAACUAAAGUACAGAACGAAGGCAGUGUUGUUUUCUUUUCUUGUUUUGAAGUUUGUAUAUUAUUUAUUGGAAUAUGGAUGCUAGCGUGAGCGACGUGGAACACUGUUGUUUGCAAGGACUGAAUAUUGAGUCGCAUCUGCAGAGUUUUGCUGUCGGCCCACUCUGAAAAAGCACUGUAAGAUGAACAUGUUGCCAAAGCGAGUUGCAUCUACUGGUGAGGAUGA